AUGGCGUAUGAUGACACAGAUCUCACUGACAAGGUGCUGUACCUAGAGCAGCGGGUGAGCGAGCUGGAGAGAGAUGCAACCACUACAAGUGAACAACAGAACCGACUCCGACAAGAGAAUCUGCAGUUACUUCACAGGGCACAUGCGCUAGAAGAGCAGCUGAAAGAUCAAGAGCUGCAGUCAGAUGAGGUUCAAAGUGAAGAGACUCGCAAACACAGAGACGAGCUGCGCAAGAUGGAGCGAGACCGCAGCUAUCGGCUAACCAGUCUUAAAGCUAGACUUCAAGAGCUAGAAAAUGAGAAUUUAGAUCUCCGCUCUCAGCUACCGGGUUUCAAGGCGACGGCACAGAGGAGAAACAUAAACUGCUGGAUCAGGUGGAGGACCUCCAGGAACAGCUUCAAGACCAGCAGGAUCAGAACAGAAUGCUGGGGGGAAAGCUCAGUAAAGAGUUGCACAAACAGCAGACAGAGAAAGAACGGUGCCAAGAGGUAAGA